UAAACGAAAUCUCGACAAGUCUACAAGUUCGCGGGUUUUACGUGAUUAUUUUUUUCCCUCCAAAUAUUCAUGUAAUAUAGUUGAAGUGAUAUUGUACUCAAACACACAUACAAACACACAUAAAUAAAUAUAUAUAUAUAUACUACCAGUGCGUAUAUAAUCGUUUGUCGAAAUGACCACACUUGACAUGUCGUAUCCAUACAGCAGUUAUCAUUUAGCCGAAAAUUACAACGCAUUGUACUGUGAAAAAGUUCCUGAUUUCCAAAGCGCCYUAACUGGCAAAUCUUGCAAUGAAGGAUGGCCCACCGAACAAGAGAUAAUGGAACACCCCGGGCUGAGAAACACUCCACUGGCCAUGUUGGCGGCUCAGUGCAACAAGUUGCAGAGUAAAUCGCCGCCGCCACUCGCUGACGCGGCCGUGGGCAAAGGGUUUUAUCCGUGGAAAAAGAGCCCRCAACAGCAGUCCACCGACAUGUCCGGUUCUCCGCUGCAACAGCAACAGCAGCAACAACAGCAACAGCAGCAACAGCAACAGUGCCAACAGCAACAGCGGACGUCGGCCAGUGCGGCGGAAUCGCCCAGGCCCGUGGUCACUUCCACGUCGUCGGCUCCGUCCACGCCGGUGCCGACCGGCGCCGGUUACCCGCCCCCGCCUCCGCCGCACCACGGCAACAUCUACUUCGGCGGCGGCGGUGGCGGUGGCCACCAGACGCUGGCCGCUGACAAUAACGGACACCACCAUCACCACCAAAGCCCGCUGCUGAGCAAGGUGGACAACCACAGCGCGCUGUACGGCCGCCAUCCGUACGAGUGGCCGUUCAAUUCGAUGGGCACCGCUGGACACCACGCGCCCGCCAUCAAGACGGAGUCGGUGAAUCCCGCUUGGUGGGACGUGCACGGGAGCGGAUGGCUAGACAUGAGUGGAGCGGCUUAUAGCGCGGCCCCCCAGACGCCGUCGCCGCGCACACAGCGCCGGUACACGGGACGGGCCACGUGCGACUGCCCAAACUGCCAGGAAGCCGAGCGGCUGGGACCGGCCGGCGGCCACCUCAAGAAGAACGUGCACAGCUGCCACAUACCCGGUUGCGGAAAAGUGUACGGCAAGACGUCCCAUCUCAAGGCGCACCUCCGAUGGCACACGGGCGAGAGGCCGUUCGUGUGCAACUGGCUGUUCUGCGGCAAGCGGUUCACCCGGUCCGACGAGUUGCAGCGGCACUUGCGCACGCACACCGGCGAGAAGCGGUUCGCGUGUCCCGUGUGCAACAAGCGGUUCAUGCGGUCCGACCACCUGGCCAAGCACGUCAAAACGCACAACGGAAACGGUGGCAGCAAGAAGGGCAGCAGCGAUUCGUGUUCCGAUUCGGAAAACAGCCAGAGCGCGGCCGACGGUUCGUCUCCGCACAACCAACACCAGCAGCAGCAGCAACAUCAACAACAGCAACAGCAGCAACAACAACAACAACAACAGCAACAGCAACAGCAACAGCACCAGCAGCACGUGCAACCGUUGCACAUGGCCGACAUGGUGGACGUCAAACCGCCGUUGCCCCUGAGCGGACCUGCCGGUCUGGUCCGAUGGAGCCCGGUAGUCAGUUCCGUGGGUUCUGUAGUGCCACUGUCCCCACCGUCGUCGCACGCCAUCGGCUCGUCGCCGUUCCUGUCCGUACAACAGCAGCACAACAACAACAAGGACCAGAAGAGCUUCUGCAGCUGGACGAAUGCCGCCGGCAAAGAGCCGAAAAUGUACCAGGAGAAACUGGAAUGAGCGUCGCCUCCGCCGGUGCAACUGCCACCGCCGCCGCCGACCGUCGCGUUUGGCGGCGAUGGCGGCGGCGACCGCGUCACCGGCGGUGGUGCUACGCCAGGCCCACAGUUGUUUUCUAGUCUCCACUACAAAAACGGACUCCAGCAGCAGCAGCAGCAGCACAAUCAACAUCAUCAUCACCUUCAGCAGCAGCAGCAGCAGCACCACCAACAGCAGCAGCAGCAACAACAGCACGAACAGCAGCAGCAGCAGCUGCAUCAACAGCAUCAGCAUCACCAGCAGUACCUGCAGCAGCACCAUCAGCAUCACGGCAGCAACCUGGUCACGCAUUACGCGGCCCUCGGCAGUGCAUUUUACACGUACUGACGCACUAUAAUCUAUAAACGGAAAAAAAAAAACGGUAACAUUUUGCGGUAAAUCUUAAUUCAUUUAUUCGGAUGUAUACCUACGUAUGGCAUUAUACAAAUUACAGACAUUUUUUUGUCCACUUUUUUAACACUCGCGGCGUGUUUUUUAACGUAUAUAUUAUAAUAUAUAUAUAUAUAUAUAUAUAUAACUGCGUGUUGCCACUUUGUA